AUGGGUUUAUUUGAUGAUGUCCCCGAAGAAGUAAUUUGGGCAAUUUUGGUUGGUGUAAUUGUUUAUUUGGUAAAGGUUAUUUGGUUCCCACCUCCACCACCUAUCAUUGCAAAGAAGAAAAUGCCAACAUAUGAAAAGAGAGACUACACACUCGAAGAGUUGACCAAGUACAAUGGUACAAACGGCACACCAAUCUUUGUCUCUAUCAAGGGCAAGAUAUACGAUGUCUCAUAUAAGAGCUCCAUGUAUGGCCCAGGUGGAGACUACAGCUUGUUUGCAGGACACGAUGCCACCACUUGUCUUGCCAAAUCCUCAUUUGAAACCAAGGAUCUCAAUAGACCAAUCACAGACACUUCUUCAUUCUCUUCCGAUGAAAUGGAAUCACUUAAUGGUUGGGUAUCAUUCUUUGAUGAUAGAUAUGAUGUUGUUGGUCAUAUUACUGCUGUUAAAUCAACUAAAUCAAAUGAAAAUGAAACUAGCACUAGUACUACUACCAACACUACCAACAACAACACAACUUCUUCUACUUCCUCCUCUACUACUUCAUCUACUUCUACUUCUUCUACUUCUUCUGAUAAAGUAUUUACAUUGGAAGAAUUAUCAAAAUAUAACGGUGUUAAUGGAAAUCAAAUUUACGUUUCAGUAAAUGGAAAGGUAUUUGAUGUCUCUUCUAAACCCGAGUUUUAUGGCCCUGGAAAGAGUUACAACUUGUUUGCCGGUCACGAUGCCACCACCUGUCUUGGCAAGAAUAACCUCACCAAAGAAUCAUUGGACAAAUUGGAUACCACCGAUUUCACUCCAGAACAAAAAGCUAAUCUUGAAAAAUGGCUCAAAGUCUAUGAAUCCAAGUAUCCUUUGGUUGGAUCUUUAUCGAUCUAA